AUGCAGCCGUCGUUGGUUAACCCCGUGCAGAAGGAGACGCUGGACGAUGCGACGCAUAGAAGCGGCAGCUUGUCUGGACGAAUACAUAUUAUAGGCUUGGGAAAUGUUGGCUGCUUCGUGGCGCAUUCAUUAGCAUCUCGCAAGACACGGCCACCAAUAACCCUGCUGUUGCACAAUCGUGAUAUGUACUCGCGGUGGCUACAGCGAAAACAAUCGAUAGCCCUAAUGACAAAUGGAUUGGACGAUAUAAAGACUGGAUUCGAUGUCAAUGUUUUCAAUGAGAAUACAUGGCAUUCUCUACCAUAUUGGAAUCAACAUGAUAAUAUUAAUAACAGCAACGUUGACAACCAUGAGCCUGAGAUUUUGAUAUCACGGCGUCAAGAGGACCCAGAUCUAGAAUCCACUCACGCAUUCGAAACAGACGAGGAGAUGGACCUUCUCACGUCGGAAAGAGACGACGAGAAAAUAGAGUGUAUAAUCAUAACGACCAAAGCACCACAAACAGUCCAAGCAUUGUCUUCUGUCAGUCACCGAUUAACGCCGGACUCGACAGUGCUUUUCCUUCAGAAUGGCAUGGGAGUUAUUGACGAAGUAAACAAGGAAAUCUUUCCGGACCCCGAGAAACGCCCUCACUAUAUACAGGGAGUUAUCUCGCAUGGCCUUAGAAUGAAGAGGCCAUUUCACGUGGAAUAUACCGGUCUCGGGACUACCAUUCUCGGAGCAUUACCUUCACGCACGACUUCCGACGUUCAGGAAGAGGACUGGGCUCCCUCUACGAAGUACCUUCUACGCACACUAACUCUGACACCACCAUUAGUAGCCGUUGCCGAGAGUGCAGUUAACGUGUUACAAUGCCAACUUGAAAAAUUAGCCAUGAACUGCGUCAUAAACCCAUUUACAGUGUUGUUAGAUUCGCAAAAUGGGGAACUCCUCUACAAUUACCAUAUAACUCGCUCCAUGCGACUUUUGCUCGCCGAAAUAUCCACCGUGAUCUGUGCACUGCCUGAGUUGGAAGGCGUGCCUGGCAUUCAGGCACGUUUCGCGACGGAACGAUUGAAGAAUCUAGCAGUCAACCUGGCCAACAAAACAGCUGCAAAUACGAGCUCAAUGCUUCAGGAUGUGCAGGCGCUGAAGAGAACGGAAAUUGAAUACAUUAAUGGGUACAUUGUCCGUCGAGGGGAUGAACUCGGUAUUAGAUGCGUUCUGAAUUAUAUGAUCAUGCAGCUGGUGCUAGGCAAAAAUCAUAUCAUGAGGCUUCGAGAAGCUGGUGCGGUUCCGCUUGAUACGUCUAAUUUAGAGACUGAGGAUGAAGCAUGA